GCUGCUCUCCAACCUCAAGUGAAAAGACUCAUCUGUACCUCUCUGGAGUGUGUACACUGACUGCCGCUGCUUCUACACAUCAGAACUUCAGAAACGAGACGAUCAUGGCUUCUUUCAUGUGCAAGACGCUGACUUUUUUCAUCAUCUGCAUGGCUCUGCAGGAGGGUUGUGGACUCCCCUUAUCAGAGCGGGCAGAGCUGCCAGCUCAGGCUCCACAUCCUCACCGAGUCAGGACCAAACGCUGCUCCUGUAACAGCUGGGAUGAUAAAGAAUGCAUCUACUUCUGCCACCUGGAUAUUAUCUGGGUCAACACGCCAAGUAAACUCCUUCCUUACGGCCUGGGAAGUCCCCUGUCUCGCCGCCGCCGCUCAGCCGACCGUUGCGAGUGCCACGACAAAGCCGAUAAAACCUGCUCUGGCUUCUGCCAUAAAAGCUCAGAGAGUCCAAGGACGAAUGCUGCAGGCCCAUUGGUGGAAUCUGCAAACACAAACGGCAACAAACUGCUGGCAUCUUUCAGGUCUGCGGUCAAGUCCAACGUGGCGAUCGCGAAAAUGGUUCUGUCGUCAAACAAGAACCCGGGUGGAGUCAACAGGUUCAGGAGCAGAACAAGGAGGUAGAGGACUGAGCGAAGGCCAGAAUUGGUUCAACCACCUUGGACCUCCUCCAGGUGUCUUCAGUGCCAGCACCAGGGUUUUGAAACGUAACGCCUGACCAACUCUGGGUUUGUGAAGGCAGAAAGAUUCAAGGCACAAGAUGCAGUCGAUGAGGCAUUUGAUCAACGAAGCAGAGAUUCGGAGGACUGGCAGCUAAGCCAGACGGAAGCCCUGCGCAAGAGCAAUGUUGGCUGGAGAUGUUUGAAGAGUCGUUUUCAGAACUCUCUGAACUUUUAUGAACUUAACAACAGUCCACACAUGUCAAAGAAGGAUUAAUUCAAGCUAAGCACGUGGAAACUGGAUGGGUGACCACAUCAAGAAAGACAAAUCAGUCAUCGGUCAAUCGUUCUUUGGUUUCUAUGGACACUGCACUCCUGUGACUCGUCUGAAUGGACGGUUAUGAAUCCAGAACUCUAGGACAAGAUCUUAGCGAUCAUUACAUAUUGCAGAGUGACAUGAGCUCUGUGUUUAGUGAGUAACUGCCAGUGUCCUUGCAACUCUUCUGUAAUUUCUGACCUUUGGUGUGGUUGAAUUUCCUCUGUAUCAGAGCUGGGAUCUGCUGUCCUGCCUAAUGUUUAGGGCAAAUUAGCAAAUAGCGUUAUUCAUUAUCAGGCACUACUUGAAAAAAUGGCAGCUCGUUCGCUCUUGGCUCUCACUGCCUCAUUGAGAAAUGAAGGUCGUCGCUUUGGGAUUUAUCUAACAAACAAUCAGCUUUACACAAGAUCCAUUGUCAGCUCCCCCAUGCACACAUAUACAGUAGACUGUCUGCUAGCAUAACAACUACAGUGGGUCUAUUGUGUUGGGUCCACUGUUUAUUGCAUAGCUCCUGUUUAAUGUUUUGAUUGAAGAUAAGCCAGAAGGUUUCAAUGGCAUGCAGCUUGCCAAAAAAAUGCAACUAUUGUUUUUUUGUCCCCUGACAAAUGUUAACUUAAUUCCCCUGUUAUACGCCGCUGGGAAAUCAUGACUCUCUGCUUGUGUUAUGCACUUCAGAAGCUAUUCAUCAGCGGUCUGCACUCGGACACAUGGAAACAUAAACCUUCACUGUAACUUAGAAAAUAAUCUCCCCCAGAUAUCUCAAUGCUGUAUAUGAUGGAUAGUUUACUGUUCAGUGCUGAAUGAGAGCAAUUAUUGUAAAAAAAAAAAAAAUAAGAAGAAGAAAAAAAAGACCAAUUUAUUUAUUCUCUAACUUAUUCAGAUUUGUAUUUAUAUUUGUUUUGACACUGAACUGUGUAUGAGAAAAUAAAAAUGAA